AUGGAAAAACUUACAACAUCUCCAAAACAAAUUACAGAAGCAAACCGUGUCACCUUCGUUUUUCCUCCCAAAAAAUCUUCGGAAGAAUCAAGUCGGAUUCCUUCUCUAAUAUCAGUUUCUCCUGCUAAUUUCACUUUAAAACAACCACAUUAUCAUGCUCUUCAUCGUCCUUCACGGCGUGAAAAAUUAGUUGUUGAGCUUGAUAAUUGUGCUAUCGGUAGUGUCUGGAAAAUAGUGGAUGCUUUCCUCAACAUCUUAUUAUGUAUAAUUUAUAUAUCAUACACUGCUUAUAUCAGAAAAUCUUUGCCGCCGGUGAAUGUGUGCUUGGAAGUAAUAAUAUCAUUACUAUUAAUAAUAGAAUAUGUUCCAAAAUUUUAUAUUUAUGAAUUUGAUUCAUGGAAGUCACUUUUCACCAGACCUUUGCCACUUCUAACAAUCCUAACAAUCCUUCCUACUGCCGCCACUGCUCUUGAUCCUGUGUUCGAAGAAACUCGUUACAUUGUAUUUUUUUACCCUUUUCGAUUUAUUCGAUGUUUUUUAUCUGUAUAUGAUUGUUUAGUUAGAAGUGAAAAAUCUAUCAUCAAAAUUGGUCAAGUUACUAGUAAAGUAUUAAUCUUUUUGACAUCCAUUCUUUUUCUUAUAUUGACCGGAUCGUCCUUGUUACAUGGUGUUGAAUAUGCCUAUAUGGCUGUUGAUGUUACAUUCUUGGAUGCUGUUUUCUUUACAACUAUUAUGUUGGGCACUGUUGGUUAUCUUAGUGAAAUAGUACCUGAUAAUGCCUUCCCUAGAGUUCUUCUUUUGGUGAUGUUUACAACAGGUCUUAUAUUUAUUCCGUAUUCUAUAUCUGAAUUGAUUGCAUUAAUACGCUCAAAAUCUAUUUAUGAUAAAUCAUUCAAAACAAUUUCACAACAACCCCAUGUCAUCAUCAUUACUCCAACAAUAGAACUACCCUCAUUAAAGCAUUUUUUAAAGGAAUUUUAUUCAUUAGCACAUGGCCUUGAAACUGUCAACACAAAAGUGGUAAUUUUAAAUCCUACAGAACCAAAUGAUCGUUUAAAGUCAUUUUUAUUGGAUCCUUUAUAUGCACAUCGUGUACAAUACAUUAGGGGUAGUUCACUCGAGUCACGUAGCUUAAAAAAAGCAAAUGCAAAAAAAGCCUCUGCAUAUUUUAUUUUAGCCAAAAAAUAUACACAACAAAGCGAUACUAUUGACGCAGAAAAUGUUUUAAAAGCAAUGGCAUUAAGUAAAUACGAUGAAGGUCCUAAACUUUAUAUUCAAUGUAUCCUUCCAGAAAAUAAAGUUCAUUUUGAAAAUUUAAAUCCUGAAUUAAUAUUAUGUAUAGAUGAAUUAAAACUUGCCAUACUUGCUCAUUCAUGUCUAACUCCUGGAUUUUCAACACUUUUAUAUGGUCUUACAACCACGUUCACUUAUGAAUCAGCUUAUGAAUUAAGGGAUAUUAGCAAAACGUCGGUUGGUUUGGACAAUGGCUUCAUUGAAGAUUACAUUGAGGGUAUUUCUCAAUCCAUUUACACUACAACUUUAUCAAAUUAUUUUGCUGGUUAUACAUUUCCUGCUAUUGCUGGUCGUUUAUAUGAAAGUUUAGGUGUUGUACUAUUUGCCAUUGGUAUUCCGAAACAAAGUUCUCUAUUUAGACCAUCAAAUAAUACAUAUGGCCAUGGUGACUGUGAGGAAGAAGAUGCUAAUAAUUAUAUGGUUUUAAUUAACCCUGGAGAUUAUAUUGUAAAAGGAGAUGAAGUUGGAUUUAUAAUUGCUUGUGAUGGCGCGCUGGCUGAAGGUGUUUCCAAUUAUGAACGACAUAAUUCGCAUGUUCGAAACAAUGAGGAUUCAUCUUUUGAGUCACAACAAAUUUUUUCAGAAAGACAUCCAUUAUUGUCAUCUAACGCGUUAAAAAAUAAUGGUGGUGGUUCAUAUUUAGGUCUUCCUACAACUUCUGAUAAAAUAUAUCACGAGUAUCCCUAUAAACCAGAUUUUAAUACACGUCGUCAACAUCCUUCUUCCUCUUCAUCAAGUUCUCUUGAUAAUGAUCACAUGAACCCAAUAUUGGAUACAAUCAAUGGACAUAUCCUCUUGUGUGAUUAUUCAACUGCAACUUUCCCACGUAAUUUGGAUUGUUUUGUUAGCCCAUUACGUAAAUCACACUUGGAUAAGUUUAAACCAAUUGUGAUUCUUUCGCCAGUAAGACCUACAAAAAGUCAAUGGAAAAUUUUAAGUCAAUUUGAUCAAGUAUAUUUUGUUGAAGGAAAUCCAAUGACACGAGAAGGCCUUGAACUCGGUAGAGUCAGAUUUGCAAAUAAGGCUGUUAUAUUAACUGAUUCCACUAGAAUUUUAAAGGAUGGGGAAAAGACUGAAGACGCGCCAGCAAUGUUGGUUUACUUGAACAUUAAGGCAAUGUCUAACGAGGGAGACAUUGAUGUGAUUGUGGACAUAAUAUGUCAAUCGUUUUAUCAACCACAUCUAGUUGUUAUCAUUAAUCAAUUACUUUUUGGGGCUCCUCCACUUCAUCUCCCUUCAGGUGCAACUUGUUCUGCACCUGCUCAUUCGCACAUUUUUCAAAUUCCUGUGCCCGCAAGAUUCAUAGGUUCACAAUAUGGAUCACUGUUUCAUUUCUUAUUGGGUGAGAAAAAAUCUAUUCCUUUGGGCCUAUACCGUACUAAUAAAUUAAGCACACCAAAUGGUAAAACCAAAUACUUUAAAUAUGUAUAUACUUGCCCUAAAUAUAAUGUGAGGUUGAGAGAAGAUGAUAAAGUUUUUGUGUUGAGCAAACGGAUUCCAUCUAUAUUGUAA